GGGGAACUGGAAGCGCCUAAGUCCCGGCGCGCUCUCCUCCGGCCGCCGUUUCUCACCUCGCCAUGGUUCGUUUGCCACUGCAGUGUCUCUGCUGGGGCUUCUUUCUGACCGCCGUCCACCCAGAACUAGCCACUGCCUGCGGAGAGAAGCAAUACCCAGUGAACAGUCUUUGCUGUGAUUUGUGCCCGCCGGGACAGAAACUGCUGAACGACUGCACAGAGGUCAGCAAAACAGAAUGCCAGUCCUGCGGUAAAGGCGAAUUCCUGUCGACCUGGAACAGAGAGAAAUACUGUCACGAGCACAGAUACUGCAACCCCAACCUAGGGCUCCGGAUCCAGAGCGAGGGCACCUUGAAUACAGACACCACUUGCGUAUGUGAUGAAGGCCAACACUGUACCAGUCACACCUGCGAAAGUUGCACGCCCCACAGCUUGUGUCUCCCUGGCUUCGGGGUCAAGCAGAUCGCUACAGGGGUUUUGGAUACCAUCUGUGAACCCUGCCCAGUUGGCUUCUUCUCCAAUGUGUCAUCUGCUUUUGAAAAGUGUCACCCUUGGACAAGCUGCGAGAGAAAAGGCCUGGUGGAGCAACACGUGGGGACGAAUAAGACAGACGCUGUCUGCGGUUUCCAGAGUCGGAUGAGGACCCUGGUGGCGAUCCCCAUCACGAUGGGAGUCCUGUUUGCUGUCCUGUUGGUAUCUGCCUGUAUCAGGAACAUGACCAAGAAGCGGCAGGCUAAGGCCCUGCACCCUACGGCUGAAAGGCAGGAUCCCGUGGAGACGAUUGAUCCGGAGGAUUUUCCCGGCCCCCACCCGCCUCCUCCGGUGCAGGAGACCUUAUGCUGGUGUCAGCCGGUGGCCCAGGAGGACGGCAAAGAGAGCCGCAUUUCCGUGCAGGAGCGAGAAUGA